AGUCUUUCCACGUGAUCCACGAAACCACCGCCACUGAUAGAAAACACCGCACUAGCUUGUACUCCCAGCGAUCUCGCCCUAAGCUACUCCCAACACGUUACCUCCCUCCCCCUACACACACACUCACACACUUGAGGAACGGUAAGAUUGCAUCUGUUCUUUACUUCCUUCUAAGCAUAACAUCUUUUUCCCCCUCUUUUUACAGUGUCCGCGUCUUUCCCCCUUGUUUCUUCUGCCCCUAACCUUGACGCACCCCUUCUUUAUUCUCUUUCCCCUCUUUCCUUUUCUUUUAUUACCUUGACAAACUUUUUCGCUUUUCGUUUUAGUAUCUUUUUUCUUUCUUCUCUCCAGUCUACCCUCUUUCGAUUCUCCUCCUCGAAGCGCUGCCCUCUUUGGCGGUCCCCCGCUUUUGGGUUGUAUUGUAGGCUUUAACAUCCAUCUCUUUGGUUUUUGCGUGUCUUCCUGCUUCUUAAUUGCGAGAAUUUGUUUGCUCGCUUCUGUUUUUUUUUCAGCCCUUUUUUGUUUGUUGCUGAAAUAGAAGUUCUAAAGAGAGAACAAGAAAAUAUUCGAAAGGCUAAAAAAAGGCAAAGAGACAAAAAGAAAAAGAAAACCGAAAAGAGAACAAGAGAAAAAGAAGGAGAAAGAGAAAGAAAAAAACUUUGCAAAACGCAGAGGAAAUCCUUCGCUUAUCUUCGUUUUGAUAUAUAUAUAUAGUUAUUUAGUGUUUCAACAGAAGAGGACUAACCCUUUUUUAUUUCCUCAAACGCUUUCGUGUUGCGAACAGAGAGAGAGCGAAUUAAAAAAACCCCGUUAUCAUACCCUGACUUGUUUGUUUUGCCUGCGUCAGUGGUUUUUGUCACUGAUUGUGGUUGACCUGUGUAUUGCUCUUGUGUGUUGCUUCCACGCCUUACUUUGUUUCUCUUUUCCUUUUCGAGCAACUUCAACACACACGCACGCACACAAACUUACUCACAACACGCAAACAUUCAUACCCUCAUUUGCCUUAACACCUGACUCUUCUCGGUUAAACAAGCAGAAUCUUUUUGAUUCCAGGCAACUCUUCGGUCAAUCGCGCCGCUGCGUUCUAUCACUAGCAGCGACUCUUCUCAACGUGUCAUCAUUACGCACAUCUGUCCUCUCGAGGACAAGGAAUAAAAAUCACCACUCAAUUGGAAACGUUUCUUCGUAGCUCUUCACGUAGCUUCUUUGUUUAAAAAAGAAGACGAAAAAUAACAAGAUCAGCCUCUCUUAAUUCUUUUCUCCCCCUAAAACGCAAGCUUUCUUAACAUAUAUAUAUAUAUAUACACCCCCCAGUACCGUUAUAAAGAAAAAGGCCUGUCCGCCGUGUGUCCUGCUCAAUCGCUUCCAACCUGUUUUACCCCCUUUUUAAUCCACGUAAGGUGUCCGUUGUCUUUUCAAACCUUUACUUUUCCCUUUACUCCCUCAAAAAGAGAGUGACGGAAGCGAAGUUUUUUUUUUUUGGAAAAGGCUUUUCUUAGCAGGUUUUUGUUGCCGGAAAGUUUCUGGUUUUCAGCAGAUCUUUCUUCUCGCAAACAGGUUAACAGACGCAACCACAGUGCACGCACGAGUAGGAAAAUAAGAUAGUAAAAGUAAACGCGAUUGUAACCGAAGUCGCUCCACACGCGUCUUGUUUUCUCAUUUUAGCAGCCUCACAUCACGUUUCGUUUCCUGCGUUGGUUUUGUUUUUUUCUUUACUUCUUUUGUUGUUUCGUGGUGGUCUUGCUUCCUCUCUGGAAGUCUUUUUCUUGUUUCUUUUUGUUAGUAGAACCCUGAGAAGAGAGGUCACAACAUCAUUUUGAUUUCAUCGUUUUCGUUGUUGUCCCACCAUUGUAAAACCAGCAAGAAGCGACGAAGCUCGACUUUCCCCCUCUUCUUUCUUAUCUCCCCCCCUCGUUGAUUGAGAGGCAACACAUUUCCACCUAGUCUCUUUUACUAUUAUUACUAUUAUUAUUAUUAUUGGAGUGGUUACCUUAACGAAUUAUACUGUGUCGCGCCGAUUUCGUAGCACAGACACACACACACACAAACACCAAGGACGAAGGAAGGAACACGCAAAACGUUUUCUCCCCCCCCCUCUCCCUCUUUGAACCUUAAACGACCGUUUCUUAGUGUGUGAAGAAAAUGUUUACGGCACCCAGCGACAUUUCCAUGAGCGGCAACCAGCCGAUGGUGUACCAGAACAACCAGGCACAACACCAGCAGCAGCGUUCGCAGCAGCAGCAGCAGCAGAUGCUAUCGCAAUACAACGGGUACCAGCAGCAGCAGCAGUCGUACCUCUCGUAUCCGAAUGCCAGCGGGAACGCUAGCAAGGGAGCAGCGAUGAACUCGAUGGCCUUCCAACCCUACGUCCCGCAGCAGCAGAUGUUUCCCUACAGCUACCCCCCUCAGCAGGCUGCGAACAACCAGUACGCCCAGUCAGCUCCGCGGCAGCAGCAGCAGCAGUAUCCCCGUAAUCUCGGUUUCAACCAGCAAGGCAACAGCAACUCCAUGAACCCGUACAUAGGCGGCGGGGCCCCGACGGGUUACCGCGGCGGACGCGGUCGAGGCGGCAUGCAGGGCGGCGGCUACGGCCAGUUCCACCGCCAGGUGCACAACAACUACUACUACAACCAGCAGCACCACUACAGCAGCAACAACGCCGUGCCAGAGAAGACGCCGACGGUCCACCUGAUCCACCCCGACACGAAGAAGAUCAUCAGCAUCAAGCUCAAUCGCAUCUAUAGCACGAUGGCCGACAUCCGCCCCCAGCUGCUUUACCAGAAGGCCUACCACCACAGCACCACCACCAUCGCCAACACCGACAGCAACGACGCCAGCGUUAACGACAGCGAGCGAAACGAGCGGUCGGACGACAACGUCGAGGCGGCGCCGGUGCAGAAGUUCGACCCCAAGUCAACGAAGCUGAUGCUGUGCAUGAACUUCCUCAGCCCGCACGGCUGCAUCCACGGCAGCGGGUGCGACAAGAUGCACAUCGCCGGUCUCGAGUACACGUGGCCGCAGGUGGACGCGCAGGAGGUGGAGAAGGACGGCAAGAAGGCGUACACCGCCGGCUUCCACGUCCGUUGCUACGACCCGACGCUGACGCGCUACUACAAGGUGCCGUCGGAGUCGGUGUACGUCACGGCAGGCAGCACCGACUACGUCACCAUGUACAACGACCACGGCGACAACUUCAAGAUGAAGUUCAAGCUGUGCCCGUCCGUCAUUAACCACACCGAGUGCAGCAAGGGGGAAGAGUGCGAGGACAUCCACUGCGCCAUCAACGACCUCGAGACGGUGCGGGAGAACAGCGCCAACGCGACGCACAUCAACAACGCGGCGGCCAUGGCGCACGUGCCGCGGCUGCCGGCGGAGAUGACGGUGCGCGUCUUCAACCAGAACAGCUUCGACACCUGGCACGACUACCCAGGCACCAACGUCCUCAUCACCGAGGGUGCGAAGGCGUACCAGAAGCAGUACGAGCAGGAGAUGAACAACAUUCCCACCCGCAAGCGCAUGCAGCACUGCGCACACUUCCGCCUGAAGGAUAUGUGCCGCCUCGGUGAGUCGUGCCGCUUUCUACACGUGCUGCCGACGGAGCAGGAGAUCAAGGAGCGCAAGGAGGCGGAGGCAGCGGCCGCCGCGAAGGCGAAGGAGGAGGCGGAAAAGGGAUAUGCCGCGGACUCACAGUAG